AUGCAGGUCUUGGCGCAGGAAGAUCCAGUUGACUACUCCGACCAAGAAGUGGGCUACCAAGUGAUGUCCCCAGUGCUGGCGGCAGCGGCUUUGGAAGCGUUCUACCAAGCUCAGGAUGCCGACAACCAUGACAUCAGUGGCCGCAGCUUAAGGUCUGAGCUUGUGAAGAGCGAUGCUUUCGCAGAACUACGUGCUGAAGCCCGCGAACUGCUUGCUGCACGGCGCCAGGCAGACGCAGUCUCUGAGAACAAGCUUGAGGCAGAGGCGAGGAAUUUCCUGAAGCGCUCUUGGUCCACCAUCACGAAGGGGAGCAAGGAAUGUGCCUUUCAAGCUGCACAUCCACCUUCGCCGCACCUCCAAGCUGCAAGACACAUGCCUUGCGAGAAAAGUGCCCCAAAGUCGGGCUCUGGCCAGCUCGCAGAGUCCAGUGAAACGAUGGAUGAACUGCGGGUUGCCCAGCUCUUCGGUGGUUUGCUUGGCCAAGUGCCGGAUGGGGCACUGCGGCAGCAGUUUGAGCAGCACUUGAAAGGCAUGUCGCGCAAAAAGGGAGCACCUCAUCCACUUUCGCCUCGAACGCCUUCGUCUCCAAGCCGCCGCCCCAAGCCCCACUUGCAAGACGAGCUGGAGGAUUUGCGGACCAGGUUGGGAGGCGGAGAAGAGGAGGCGGAGGACAAGGAGGCCAUUGCCAAGAAAGUGCUGAAGCUCCUCAUCCAUGCAUUUUCCAACAACGCCAGCAAGGCUUUACGACGACGUGCAGAAAACUUGAAGCCCAGAAGCGUUGCCCAGGCGCUAGCCGCAGUGAUUGCCUUCGACGUGAAACUGCUUAAAGAUCACUGGGAGGUGCUGCCUGAGCUCUUCAAGCCUGUUAGUCUCGACGCAGCAGCUGCUGGCCAUCUGUGGCAAGUCAUGUCAGGUGCUCAUCCAGUUGUGCGCUUGGCUUUCUUGGAGUCCGUUGUGGUGCAGGAGGUGCAGAUGGAGGGUCCAGCCAGUGCUGUUGCUAAAUGGCAACGUGCUGGGGUUGAGCUGAGUGCAGUGGCCAGAGUCCUCAUAUCUCAGCGCCGCAUGAGCAUCACCUUCGGAAGUGCGAUGCAGAAGUCAUCUGAGGUAGCUGCAUGCCUUGACUUCGUGUCUAGAGAAGAGGAGGCACGACGACAAUUUGAGACUCUGUGA